UGGCAGAGCAGGCAACAGUAACAUGAAUAAAUCAUAACUAAAGCUGAGUAAAGCCGCUCUCUCUCCGAUCGCCUGAGCAUAAAAUAUAAGCAAUAAAACGGAAAACAUUAACAUUAGCCGGCACAGAACCCCCCCAGAGGUUCAAUGACCUCUCAGCAGCGCCGGAGCGGAGGCGUCUGUUCAUAGAACAAACUAGAGGCCGAGUAUUUCGAGCCUAUUAACACCUGUCACACUGCAGGCUCUGUCCAGCCCGUUAUACAUAUGUGUGUGAAAGUUCGUGUCUCCACGUAAACCCAACCAAGAAGCCAAAGCAAAAAUAAGCAUAUACAAAUGUCUCAAUCGCCCCAACACAAGCGCCAGAAGAUGUCCCAUGGAAGAAAAUUUGGCGAAGGGGACCCGUUUAACUACGAAGAGCUCAACAUCAUUGGAACAGGCGCCUAUGGGACUGUAUACAGGGCCCGGGACACAAUUACGGGCAACAUUGUGGCCCUGAAGAAGGUCCGCAUCGCCCUCAACGAGAACGGAGUGCCAAUGUCCACGCUGCGGGAGAUCUCCCUGCUGAAGCAGCUCAAUGCCAGCGAUCACGCCAACAUUGUCAAACUGUUCGAAGUAUGCCAGUUUCUGGAGCGCGACGGGCAACUGAUGAUUCUCUUGGUCUUUGAGCACCUGGAGCAGGAUUUGUCCGACCUCAUCGAGCGUCUGCCCAAAUCGGGCAUGUCCCCCACCACAAUCCAGCGUCUGUCGCGUGAGCUCCUAACCGGCGUGGACUUUCUGCACUCGCAUCGCAUCAUCCACCGCGAUCUGAAGCCGCAGAAUCUGCUGGUCUCCGCGCAGGGCCGUCUGAAGAUAGCCGAUUUUGGCCUGGCAAAGACAUACGACUCCGACAUGAAGCUCACAUCGGUGGUGGUUACGCUCUGGUACCGCUCUCCCGAGGUGCUGCUUGCCCAGCCCUACAACAGUUCCGUGGACCUCUGGAGUGCCGCCUGCAUCAUCUUUGAGAUGUUCAACCGGAAGGCUCUGUUCCCGGGCACAUCGGAGAAGAACCAGCUGGAUCGGAUAUUCGAGUUGACGGGACGACCCACAGAUCAGCAGUGGCCCAAAACCAUCUCUGUGACACGGGAACAUUUCCCCCACCGCCUUCCCAAGCGGCCACGUGACUUUUGUCCCAACCUGUGCGAGUGCUCCGACGACCUGUUGAAUCAAAUGCUCUCGUACGACAUAACUAUGCGCCCAUCGGCCCUGGUUUGUCUAGAGCACGAGUACUUCACGCAGGAGCCGCUUUAAGGCAGGGCCGCCGAUUGGUACGAUGGACAGAGCUCCCAGACGUGGUCGGGUGGAGUUCGUACCCAUUGGAUGGCCGCAACCAGUGUUUUGUUCUUGUCAUAAUGUUCCUUUAAAUGCAGUCCAGCAUGUCGUUCAUUUUCCAGUCUAGGUACAGCUCCUGCAGCAGAGCACCAGAAUGAAUAAAAUACCUUAAAAUGUUUGUAGUCGUAAGUUAAGUGUAAAAUGUGCGCUGUAGAUAGCCGCUAAAUCCCUAAAUGUGAAACGAUUCUCGGGGAAGAUCAGUCCCCAAUCGAAAUGUGAUACAACAAGUUCAGGAAUACAUUAUACAAUUUCAAAAUUUUGUACAGCAACAGAAAUCUAUAUUUUUGUGUGUAUAUGCACAAAUAUGUUUGUACAUAUCUAAAUAUACAAACAUACAUACAUAUAUGCAUUGAUACAUAAUUUGUUAUAGAUCGUAAGGAACAUAAAUAAAAGUACAGCCCCUCUAUUCGGGCUGUUGAG